GAGGCGGAGCCGGGGCGGGCGGCGGCGGCGGCGGCGCGGAGCAGGUGGGGGCCGGGGCCGCUGGCGGAGCCCCCGGCCGCGCCCGCGCAGGUCUCCAGGCAGGGUCUUGCUGCUGCGGACCCCUCGCCCUGCCGGAGGGCAGGGCCCCCUGCCUCCACCAUGGCCAGAUGGCUGCCUCGCUCCACCGACCUGACUCGCUUCUGCCAGAAACUCAACCGAGUGAAGACCUUGGAGGACGACAUGAUGGAGACGUCCUUCAACAGAUGCCUUUCCACCAUUGACUUGACGCUGCUGGGCAUUGGGGGCAUGGUGGGCUCCGGGCUGUAUGUCCUCACAGGUACUGUGGCCAAGGAGAUCGCUGGCCCCGCCGUCAUCAUCUCCUUCAUCAUUGCUGGCUUUGCCUCGCUCCUGGCUGCUCUCUGCUAUGCUGAGUUUGGAGCCCGGGUACCCAAGACAGGCUCUGCCUACAUGUUCACCUACGUGUCUGUGGGUGAGAUCUGGGCCUUCCUCAUCGGCUGGAACGUGCUGCUGGAGUACAUGAUUGGGGGAGCCGCAGUGGCCAGGGCCUGGAGCGGUUACCUGGACUCCAUCUUCAACCACAAGAUCAAGAACUUCACGGAGACCCACGUGGGCACCUGGCAGGUGCCAUUCCUGGCCCACUACCCUGACUUUCUGGCGGCUGCCAUCUUGCUGGUAGCCACCGCUUUCAUCUCCUUUGGGGCCAAAGUGUCCUCCUGGCUCAACCAUGUCUUCUCAGCCAUCAGUAUGGGUGUCAUCCUCUUUAUUCUCAUCAUGGGCUUCGUCCUGGCCCAGCCCAAGAACUGGAGUGCCCAGGAGGGUGGUUUUGCCCCAUACGGGCUGUCGGGCAUCAUGGCUGGCACAGCCACCUGCUUCUACGCAUUCGUGGGCUUUGACGUCAUCGCGGCCUCCAGCGAAGAGGCCAGGAACCCGCAGAAGGCUGUCCCCAGGGCCAUUGCUUUCUCCUUGGGGCUGGCCACCGGGGCCUACAUCCUGGUGUCGGUGGUGCUGACGCUGAUGGUGCCCUGGCACACGCUGGACCCCGACUCUGCCCUGGCAGAUGCAUUUUACAGGAGGGGCUACGCCUGGGCAGGGUUCCUGGUGGCCGCUGGCUCCAUCUGUGCAAUGAACACGGUCCUGUUGAGCAACCUCUUCUCCCUGCCACGCAUUGUCUACGCCAUGGCUGAGGAUGGGCUCUUCUUUCGGGUCUUCUCCCGUGUGCAUCCCCGCACACAGGUGCCCGUCAUCGGCAUUGUGGUCUUCGGGCUGCUCAUGGCCCUGCUGGCCCUCAUCUUUGACUUGGAAGCCCUGGUGCAGUUCCUGUCCAUUGGCACGCUGCUGGCGUACACCUUUGUGGCUGCUAGCAUCAUCGUCUUGCGCUUCCAGCAGCAGAAGGUGGAUGUCCCUGCACCAGCAGCUGGUGGCCGGCCCACCCCUGAGCCCCAUGAGGGUCCAUCCACCGGCGAGCUGAAGGAGUAUGAGUCCUUCUCCGACAAGCUCCAGCUGGUGGACAGGGACAAGAGCAAAGAGCACCGGGAGCCAGGACAGCUGAAGGCAGCUUUCGAGCCCUACCUGGAGUUCCUCAGCGACUUCUACCCAGGCGAGGUGGUCACGGUGGCCGUGGUGACCCUGAUGGUGUCUGCCAUCUGCCUUUGCUCCGUCUUGGUGUUCGGCAACACCCACCUCCACCUGCCCACCUGGAGCUACUCCCUGCUGCUGGUCCUCUUCAGCCUGGGCUUCCUGCUCAGCCUCCUCCUCAUCUGGGCGCAUGAGCAACAGCGCAGCACGCAGACCUUCCAGAUCCCCCUGGUACCCCUCUCCCCGGCGCUGAGCAUCGUCCUCAAUAUCUAUCUGAUGCUGAAGCUCAGCUACAUGACGUGGCUCCGCUUUGCCAUCUGGCUGCUCUUAGGCCUGCUGGUGUACUUCGGUUACGGCAUCUGGCACAGCAAGGAGAACCUGCGGGAGCCCAGGCCACAGCGUGUCAGCGCCCGUUACGUGGUGUUCCCCAGCGGCAGCCUGGAGGAGAGGGUGCAGGCAGUCCAGCCCAGCUCCCAGCCCACUGCCGGGCUGCCGGACACCGACGACUGUAAGAGAUGACGCUUCAGGGGAUGGGGACACCUGGCUAUGGGAGCAUCUGACCCCCUCCCCACAGCAAGGCCAGAGACCCCCCCACCUCCUCUUCCUGCUCCCUUUGACAGAGAAGCCACUGGGGCAGCCCUGGGCAUGUGGCUCCAUCUGGAGAUGAUGAGGAUGCUCGCCCUUCCCCACCCGGUCCCUGCAGAGCAUGGCUGGGGGCUGGCUCCCUCCCUCUCCGUCGCCAGCACUCAGGAACUGGGUCUCAGCCCAGCGCCUGCCCUGCUCCUGAGGAGCUGUGUCCUUGCCACCUUCCCCCAGGUGCACCCAGGCACCGUGCAGCAAAUCUAUCCGCAGCUGGGGAUGCAGAGGGACCCUGGGGACCUGCGCAGGCAGCCCAGUGCCGCCAGUCCUAGGUCUCAUCCUGGCUGCAGCCCUGCAGAGCCCCCCUGCCUCCUGCUCAGCCCACCUGCAGAAGGAGGCAGGGGCCAAACAUGCUUCCCCGCUGGCACCCCUGCUGUCCGCACCCCCAGGGCCACGCUCCGUAAAGGCUGGGGCUGAGGAGCUGCUGGGAACAGGAGAUGGGAGAAGGGACACGGCUGGUGUGGGCUGUCACAGCAGAAGCCCCACUGCAUUGUCCCAGCCGCUGGCAUCGGCUGUUUGGGGGGGGCUGGGGGCUGUGCCUGGCUGCAAGGUCACAGCAGGGCCAGGCUUUUGCCCCAGCCCUGAGCUGGGUGUGGGCACUGAGGACCCCAGAUUUCUUGCCUUGUCCCCAGAGGUCCUCUGCAGCAUCCCUGGGCUGGGCUGCCUGGAGCCAGCUCCCGCCUUCCCCUGCGCCCCAGCAGCACAGUCUGCACUGCCGCCUGCCCCAGCAUGGGGGGCUCAGCCCCUCAGGAUACCCCUCCCAGGCUCGCUCGGGCUUGAGACGGGCUCUGCAGGUGCUUUUCAGUAUUGCCCUCUCCCCGGCGAGCACCCCCACGCUCUGGGGUUCACCCUGGCUGCUGUGGUGUCAUGGGGUUGCUCCCCAGCGGCACUGCUGCAGCCACCCUUUGCUGGUUUGCCCAUGAGCAGCCUAAAGUGGAAGGGAGGUGGGGGUUUAGCGCGUUUUGGAAGAAAACAUGGAGGAGACAAUCCGUUGAGCACGAGGUUGCUGAACUGCCAGGCCUUGCAGCGUGGACACCCUGCUCCCUGCAGCCAUGCUGGACGUGCAACGUCAUCUGCAUCCUGUGAGGAGCCGGGGACCGUGGGCAAGCUGGUCCCAUUGCUUCUUGCUGGCCAGUCCCUGGGGGGGCCUAGAGGGGCCAUGGGUGGUCUCGGUACAAUACGCCGGCUCCCUGGGUGAACCCCUCCAUCUGCCAGUGCUGCUCCGCAUCCCGCCUCUCCCCUGUGCUGCCGCCGCUGCCGACAGAGCAGCGUGUCCCCGCCGUGCUGUGGCCCUGCUUGGCACCUCUGUGUAGUGGCUUGUGAGCAAUGGGCUGACACGGUCACCCUCAUAAAUACUGGUUCUGUGAUGGCUCUGGUCGUUUGUGCUGAGUGUGUCCCCAACAGUCCACGUGGGGAGGGUCACGCUACCCACUGCCACCUUCCUCCCAAGCCCUGCAAGGGCAGCAGUGGGCCGGUGCGUGCAGACCCUGCCCACGGCAUGCAGACCCUGCCCAGGGCUGCUCUCGGCCAUCGUGGGGCCAGGACAGGUCACAGGGAGUCACUGUGACGUGCUCCCAGAGCUGGGCUGGCACGUGUGAGCUGCACACCACCUGGCAGGGUCCACAAGGCACUCCGAGAGCAGCUUUGCUCUUCUGACAUGGGUGUUCUGUUCACGAGGAGGGGCUCCGGUGGGACCCACGGAAACUGGGACCUCCAAGGGGCUGGGACAGCUGUGCAAAGGUAGCCUGGAAGGUGAGCUUUAGAGAUACACAAAUAUAACUAUACCCGAUGGGCCUGAACCCCUUUGCCAGCCUCAAGGACAAUGCUGAGCAGCACCAGGGCAGGUUCGCUA